AUGGCCCCCCUGCAGUGUUUCUUCCGCUCAUCAAGCGAAAAAGGCUUGUCCAGUGUUACGACCCUAAUCGUUGGAUCUAAGGUUGCGAUUCUCUUCGAUCCUCCCUUCUUGAUACCAGAUGCAGAAGCAGUGGUCAAAUGGACGAAGGAGACAACGCCGCUCCCUGUCAAGGCUGUCUUUAUCACCCAUCACCACCCUGACCACUAUUUCUCUGCCAACCCGAUCCUCGAAGCCUUCCCAGAGUCUGUCCUCUACGCAGCUCCCUACGUCUGCGCGGGUAUAGACCGGGAAUACGAUGAUAAAAUCAAGUACUGGCCGUCAAUCUUUGGCAAGGAUGUUCCCGAGCAGCCUCGGAAGCCGACGCCCUUUACAUUUAGCUUUUUGCAGCUGGACGGCGACCCGAAUUCGCCCAUUGUCCUGCUAGGGCCCUUACAGGGCGACUCUGUCGACCACACUGUGUUCUGGCUACCUCAAGAAAAGGUCGUGAUCUGUGGUGAUUCCGUUUACGCGCGGAGCACACAUGUUUGGGUCGAGGAAAUUGAAACUCCACAGAUUCUGGAAGCAUGGCAGAAAACCUUGGACGUCAUCGAGAGCCUUCAGCCUCUCAAGAUCAUCCCAGGUCAUCUAGAAGCCGGCUGGGAGCUCAACGCCAAAGAGGAUAUGGCUCAUAUGCGGAGGUACCUGAAUCUGUUCUCUGAGAAAAUCACACAUGCACCAGCGAAACCGCAGGUCAAGGAUCUGUACACGACGUUCAAGGAGGCAUUUCCACAGGCAGACAAAAAUCUCGACUUCUUCCUAGGCCAUCUGUCAAACCAAUUCGGGGAGGGCGGCGAGGUGUGGGAGGAGAAUAGGCAUCAUAACGUUGGUGCCCGGACCAAGACAGACUUGCUUGGUUUCCUGCUGGCCUGA